AUGUCUUCAUGGGACCCAAUCCGCAGCCGCCUCAUUUUCCAAAGUGGCAUAGGCUUCAUAUAUCGCCAACUGUUCAUGCACCCUCCUCCAAUCGCAGCCGAUGUCAAACUUGACGGCCAGACAGCUAUAGUCACCGGAUCAAAUACCGGUCUAGGGUUCGAAGCAGCACGGCAGCUUCUCCAGCUAGAUCUCUCUCGGCUGAUACUAGCCGUCCGGUCUCAAGUCAAAGGCGACGUCGCGGCAGAAACUCUCCGCAAUGAGUUUCCAAUCGCGGAAGUCGAGGUCUGGAUUUUAGACAUGGAAGAUUUGGACUCUGUGUCUGCAUUUGCCAUGAAAUGUCAGACUUUGGGUAGGAUUGACAUCGUCAUCCUCAAUGCUGGUGUGCAAAAUAAGGACUGUAUUGUCUCCACCAAGACAGGAAAAGAGCAGACUUUCCAAGUCAACUACCUCUCAACAAUCAUGCUAGCUGCGCUUCUCUUGCCGACUCUAAGGUCUAAAGGAGGUCUGGGUGGGAAGCCAGCUAGACUUACGAUUGUGACAUCUACCACCGCAUAUUUUGCGGAUUUCAAUCACGAGAAACCAAUCUUGCCGCAGUUUGACGAGAAGUACGAUCCUACGAAGUGGUAUGCCCGCGAAAAGUUGCUGCAAAUGACUGUUGUGAAAAGGCUGGCAACGCUGGUCAACCCGGAUGAGGUGACUAUCAACACGGUUUGCCCGGGGUUGGUAGGAGAUACGGAGAUUUGGCGCACCAUCAACACAAGUGUUGUUUUGAGAUAUAUGUUCUCAAUUUACUUUGCUCUGUUUGGUAGGAGCUUGAAAGAGGGUGCCAGUACAUACGUUCAUGCCGUGGCAGUCGCAGGGCGAGAAAGCCAUGGAGGUUUUUUGAGCGAGUGGGGAGUACGCCCAUACCCUGCUUUGAUGUAUUCAAAGCGCGGCGAGGAUUUGCAGAAGAAGGUUUUGAGCGAAACCAGGAAACUCUUGUCAUCCCUCGACGUCUCACAGGACUUAAUGCAUGAGUUCUAG